CAUGUAUACUUCCUCCAUCUUAUCAAGGCCACUUUCAUCCGCUCAGUACUUAACCCCCCAUCCCCUCCUCCACAAACUCUCACCACCUCCCUCUCUUCCUUCCUCCUCCCUCCCAAACCAACCAAACACCAAAAUGUCCCCCCCGGCUCCAACAUUCACAACCACCCUAAUCCCACCCCCAGGGAAAUCCACCCCCCUCAACCUCCCCAUUUUCCCCACCCCAACAACACCCACCAGUUCAGGUGUUCCCCUAACCGACGCCCUCAUAAUCCGCUCCCUGGUCUUCAUAAACGAGCAAAACUGCACCCCGGAGGGCGAAAUCGACAACGACGAUGCUCGCAGCUGGCAAUGGGUCAUCUACCACGAGCCCCAACCCUCCGCCACCACCCCAGUCUCACCAACGGAAAGCAAGAUACCCGUGGCGGUGAUCCGUCUCGUUCCACCCCCGCACGAACCGCAUGAGGCCCUCACGCAUCCUGAGUCAGCGGGAUCGCUGCCAAAAUGGGAUACGGAGCAUGAGCCGUACGUGAAACUCACCCGGGUGGCGGUGUUGAAGGAGUGGAGGGGGUAUGGGCUGGGACGGACACUGGUGGAGGAGGCGUUGGAAUGGGCGAGGGGGCAUGCGGAGGAGAUUGAGAGGGCGUAUGCGGAGGUUGCUGGGGAGAAGGAGAAGGAGUGGAAGGGGUUGGUGUUGGUUCAUGCGCAGACGCAGGUGGAGAGGAUGUAUGCGCGGAUGGGGUUUGAGACGGAUGAGGGGUUGGGAAGGUGGGAUGAGGAGGGAAUUGAGCAUGUGGGGAUGUGGAGGAGGGUUCAGUUAUCUUAGUCUGGUGGUUCAAUGUAUGGGUAGAUGGUAAAGGAUAGACUACGAAGUAC